AUGGAAGCUGUAGAAGCAACAACUCCAAAACUUUCUCUUGCUGACACUGACAUCAACUGGGAUCGGUUGGAUAAGACUAGGUUCCAUGUAAUUGGGGCUAUUUUAUUCACUGUUCAGUCUGCUUUAAUACAUCCAACAGCAGUUGUGAAGACGAGGAUGCAAGUAGCUGGUUCUGGGCUUUCUCAAAUGACUGGAUUAUCAGUUUUCAGUCGCAUUCUCAGGACUGAUGGUAUUCCUGGUACUUUUAGAGGCUUUGGCACGUCUGCCAUUGGAUCAUUGCCUGGUCGAGUCCUGGCUUUGACUUCACUUGAAUUGUCAAAGGAUAUAACCCUCAAAUAUACAGAAAACAUGAAUAUGCCGGAGGCAACUCGCGUCGGCAUUGCAAAUGGAGUUGCAGGAAUGAUCUCCAAUUUAGUUUCUUGCUUAUACUUUGUGCCUUUGGACGUGAUCUGCCAAAGGUUAAUGGUUCAAGGACUUCCAGGGAGUACGCCUUGCAGUGGCCCAUUUGAUGUUGUACGCAAAGUAAUAGCGACUGAGGGAUUCCGUGGCAUGUAUAGAGGUUUUGGAUUAACAGCCAUUACCCAAUCCCCUGCUUCUGCCCUUUGGUGGGGUGCCUAUGGUGCUGCCCAACACAUCAUUUGGAGGAGCGUGGGCUACAAAGAUGAUUCGGAAAAGAAACCGUCUCAUGUAGAAAUGAUCACUGUUCAAGCUACAGCAGGGAUGACUGCUGGUGCUUGUUCUUCAAUUAUUACUACUCCCAUAGAUACAGUAAAGACGAGAUUACAGGUUAUUGAUGAUUAUGGUGUUGGAAGACCUUCUGUAAUGAAGACUGCGAAGAAACUUCUUGAAGAAGAUGGAUGGAGAGGCUUCUACAGAGGAUUUGGACCCCGGUUUCUAAAUAUGUCACUCUAUGGGACUACAAUGAUUGUUACUUAUGAAUUGAUAAAGAGAUUGUCUGUGAAGCAAGCUUGA